GACUGGGUCACCAAACACCUACUAUACUCUAUUCUCUACACUGUAAACAGCAGCUGCUCUCGCCUUAUCCAUGGCUUCUACAUUCAUUACGGUGGCUAAACCCUUCACUUCUCACUCCACAAAUCUUCCUUCUUUCUCUACCCAAAGACCUAUAGGUCUGAAGAGAAAUUCUUUGAGAAUUAAUGCCAUUUCUAAGAAAUGGGAACCCACAAAGGUUGUGCCGCAAGCUGAUAGAGUUUUAAUUCGGUUAGAAGAGUUGUCUGAGAAAUCUGCUGGUGGAGUUUUGCUUCCAAAAUCAGCAGUGAAAUUCGAGCGCUAUCUUAUGGGAGAAGUUCUCUCUGUUGGUGCUGAGGUUGCUCAAGUAGAGGCGGGGAAGAAGGUUCUUUUCUCUGACAUCAACGCUUACGAGGUGGAUUUGGGAACUGAUGCAAGGCAUUGUUUCUGCAAGGAGAGCGAGUUGCUUGCUUUGGUUGAAUAAACUGUCUCCUAUUUGCAUUAUGUUAGGGCUCUAAGUUCUUACCAAAACUACGGAUGUGUUGUACCAUCUCAUAUUUUGUAGAACAACAAAAAUGCUGAGAUUAAUAUUUUUAGUGGAUGUUAUUCUGAUUUACAAACACUUUAGUGUUGAGAUUGAGCUAAAUUUGCUUAUUCUUC